AAGCGCGUUCCCGCACUUCCGCAGCUCUGCUCUGCAUAACACACACACACACACGCCUCGGUGGGAAAGAAACACAUGACGGGCUGCGGCUGCCAGACUCUGUUGAGAAUGACGGCUGUCCCACACCGUUUCUCCGCUGGAAUUUACAGUCGUGGCUCUGUGAGGGUACUUAAGUGUACAGCUGAUGCCCGGAGGGUAUAAAGGGAGGUAACCGAACUAGAUGCGCCAGCUACAGUCAGCCUAUAAUGUCAAAACAUGAUGCGAAGGUGCAGCAGUCAAGUUGUCAAAGCGGAGUGAAAGCCAGCGUGACUCGCGUUGUCUCAGAUCAGGAGAGAUUUUACACACACACUGACAAAACACGUUUUCAGAAUGUCAGUAAGCAAGAGAAAUUAAAUCCUGCUGCAGCUUCUCAACAUAACCACAACAAGGAGGAUUUAGAGACAAGAACUACUUCAUCUCCACCACCGUUGCAGUUAAAAGGGCAGCAGAAAAGCAGCAGAGAUUUGCAAAUCAAGCAGAUAUUACUGUUUGGAUCCAAGAAUACAUCCAAAGAACAGAGGGAAUCUACCAGAUUCACCUCCACCAUCUCUAUCAAGCUUCCCACCAGAAGAAAUAAAAAAGACACAGCAGAGGAAAAAAAAUUACAAGCGACAACAAACUUCUACAGAACACUUGAAGCGGAGAAAAACACAGCUAAUCAACACAACACAGAGCUGAGGGACUUGUUUUCAUCGACAGAGCAAUGUGGUGAAUCAACUGGUGAAUUGCUUAAGGAUGGGCAAAAAGCAACCUUUGAUGAAGCCACUCAGCAUCAGCAUGGACAUAACACACCCAAACAUGGACAAAAUACAGGAAUACAACACAACAUAGGCCUUCAUGAGCAAACCGACCACCAGGACUCACUAACACGCAACUCUUCUCAUCUUAUUUAUGAGUUAAAUUCAGAAGUAAAGAAGGAAUCUGGAGGCCCUAGAGAGAAUGCUCCAACAACUCUACAAAACCACAAUAAUCUGGACAGUGUUCUAAAAGCAAGCACUGAUUCCCAACUUUUUCCACACCAGUCAGAAGUACUUGACCAGGUUUUGUCGUUAGCCGGUUUUCCGGGGUAUUCUGAAAAAACUCCUGAGGUAAAAGCUAAUGUUAUAAAUCCUACAACGGCUAUGUUGACUUCUGCACUGGCUUCAGUUCUAGCUCCACCUUGGAGUGGCCGUCUUCGAAGACCCAAGCAAGGCAUCAGUGAGGCAGAGACUGAAGUUCAAGAUCGUGGACAGUAUGGCAACCCAUCUACCUUAAUUCAACAGGAUUGGCGGCAACAACCUUAUCUUCCUUUCCAGAGGCAACCAUCUGAACACAUGAUGGCCAAUGACAGUAACAUGCAGGUGAAUGCUGGAACCAGCUACUCUGCUGACUGGCAAAAAGAGAAUAACUCUCCAAAUGUCACGACAACAGUAAACCAAAAGAGACCCAUUACAAAAUCCUCCUCUGUGGGCAUGACGUACACCAAUAGAGAAUUGCAUUCUUUUCCCACAACUCUGGACUCACGUCAGGUGCCAAAUUUACCUCAUUCAGGAUAUAGAGUAUCAAAAACUGGAGAUGAAAAUGAACCUUUUAAAUCAUUGAGCUCCAAGCCUACAACAAGCAGUUUACUUCUUUCUUUGAGGAGAUCAAAUUUGAGAAACUCUACUCCUGAGCCUACACAAACUCCGAUAACUAGAUCUAUAAGGUCACUUACAUUGCCUAGCAGAAUUGUUUUGAAAUCUGACCAAUCUGUUACCUCUGAAGAGCAAAUCAACAAAAACCCUGACACUCCUGUAAGAACAGAGGGAAUGCCAGUCGGUCAAUUUCGAUUCUCACCUAGAAUCAAGAGUAGGGUACCAUUAAACACAUCAAUGUUUUCAAAUAAACAAGAGACAGUCAUUUCAAAGGGACUGGACGCUUCUGUUGCCACAGUAGAAGUAGAGAAUAAACAUUUCCCUCAUUCCACAACCAAAACCAGCCAACUUGGGGCUCUCAAAUCUCAUCAGAGUUCUUAUUUGGUUCUUUUAAGGGAAUAUUCUAGCACAGAGAACAUUGAUCCCAUGGAACAAAGUCCUGGUAACGGCAACAACCUGCAGAACCCCAACAUUACCAAACGACAAGUAAUUCAAAACACUGUAAUUCCUCCCAAAGAUUCAACAGGUUUUCAAAUUCAGCAAUCUAGUUUUCAUAUGUCAAAAUCACAAAGCACACAUAAUAUAACAGCUAGCAAUUUUUCCGGCACAAGCACUUUCACAGACAGACUUAUCUUCUCCCCCCGAAAAGACUCCUCUGCAGAUGGACUAAGCCCAACAAAUGUGGGGCAGAUAUACUCCAGGAAAAAUUCAAGUCAAAGCUCAAUGGAUCUUUCAAGCCCUCUUUCUCCAAGCAGACCUCUUCAUAGUGUCAGAGUACCGAGCAUCUAUUCAUACCUACGGGAGUCUAGUUCAUCUCUGUCCUCCCCUUCCCCUUCCACCCCUUUGUCCCAGAUACAGAAUGCUGAAACCUCACCUCCUAAACAAGAUGGGGGUGUAAAACAGCAUGAUGACUGGAAAACACUUCCCUCAAGAUUUUCAUUUGACUUCAACCCAUCUGUUCCCAAGGUACAAGAAUUAGGUAAAAGCUUAAGCACUUAUGCAGCUCCUGCUCAAUCUCUGCCUCCUGACUUUGGAAGAGGAUCAGCACCUCGUCUCAGCACUUCUCCGUAUUCUAGCCUCAUCUCCUCAAGACCUGCACUGAGUAGUACUUUACAAGGACUGUCCUCUCCACCUGUGCCUGAAACACAUACCCGAUCUACAUCUUACAACAAUAAUCCUGACCUUAUAACAAACGACCCAAGUUCUUUAACAUCCAAAUACACAAGCAUAACAAUAAGACCAAGGGAAGAUUCAGCUUCAUCUCACAGAGAACAGAGGACAGCAGUUCAAGCUUAUGCAAGCAACCUAGAUAAUAACAGACCUGCCCAGCCAUGUCUCUCACAAACUACAGCAAAUGCAAGUUUUGUCAUGGAGAGCCGAAGCGCCAAUAUAAGCUCACACCCAAGGCAGCCCAAUACAGGCUCUAACAACUUCCAUAACCUAGAACAUGAUGACUCAAUGGCACUUAGGCUUGAUAAGGGUAAUGUUUACCCCAAGCACAGGCUGAGCGAAAAAGAGAAGUACUUUCUCCCUAAAGACCUUAAUGCACAACGUCAGACUCCACUUCCACAUGAGAAAGAGACUACCUCUGGGCAUAUGCAAGAGAAAUUGCAAGAAACACAGAGUCCCAAUUCAAAGAAAGGACUUUUUGCUUCACGAGUAAAGAAAGAUGGUGCCUUCUCUUCAGCUUCUUUGCCAGAAAAAGAAGUUGGUAGUUCCCAGUUUUUAAAAACUAAAAGACAUUUACCAGUUUUCAGAACAACCAGCAGGAUUGAUCAAAUGCUAAAUCGAUUGAAACUGACGUUUGGUGUCAAAAGUUCAGAAGGCACACUUGACACAAAAAAGACCCCUACUCAGCAAUCCUUAGACACUGAGACUUUUGAAAAACCCAAAACAGAUAAGAAAACUUGUUCUGGAAACAAAGGAGAACCCUGUAACUCCUCUUUAACAACUAAUAAAGUCUCCCUGGGUUCAUUGUCACCAACAGAAUUAAGUAUGUCUGAACGCACAUUAAAUGUGGAUGGACAAAAUAGGUCUACGGCUGAAAUACAGUAUUCCAAGUGCAUGUGGGAAGUACCUAACUCAUCUUUGACCGCUAAUAAAGAAACGUUUGGGUCAUUGCCGCCACUUGCAAUAAGAAAGUCAGAGAAUACUUUCGAUAUGGAUUGGCAAAACAAGUCAACAAAAACGAACAAUCAACAAAAUGGUUCUGGGUGCACAUGGGAGGCCCCCAGCUCAUCUUUGACCACUGAUAAAACCUAUUUUGCCUCUUUUGGGUCCUCAUCACCCUUAUCUUCAAAGAAAUCAUCAGACAACAAACUAAACGUUGAUCAACAAAAGAUGGAUAGCAAUGAAAUGGAAAACCAGUCAAAUGGCGGGAGCUUUAGUCAACACAGGCUAAAGGCCCAAAGCAUGAACCGCUCUGCCACCUUGCCACAUUACAGAAAAUCUUCAGUUGGUCCACCGUCACCAUUUUACUUGUUUGAUUUAGAUUCAGAAGACAUUCAGAAUGACAAUGUGUUUUAUAGUCCGAUUAGCAAAAAGACAAAUUCACUGUGCGAGUCUGAUGACAUCUCUCCACUAAGCUCUGCUAAGAGUUCCCUGCCGCAAAACCUUGUGAGAUCUCACUUGUCCUCAUCAUGUGCUGAUUUAAAGUAUGGCCUGCAUGCUGGACGAUCUUUCUCGGUCAGUGGCGUGGUUUCAAGCCGCCCAUCAGGUUCCAGACGAAUCUCAACAAGCAGCACCAGCGACCUCUCGAGCUUGGAAGACUUUGGAUCAAAGGGGAAUCAAACGGUUGACUCCUUAAUGAGUACUAGCCUUUCCCCAAGCAACAAUGCCAAAUCAGUCACUGGUAAACCGUCUCAAACUGAAUUUACAGACGAUUGUCUUGAACUUGAUUUUGCAGACCCAACCCCACCUCCAUCACCAACUUUUUCCUCAUCUCCUCGUCGGAUAUCACAAGCCCAUGCUACACCGUCCCCCAUCAGGACAACUCCUGAAAAUCUGUCUCCUUUUCAGCUUCCCUCAAGGAGCUUCACAAACAGCCUGACUGUUUUUGAGGAGUCUGGUUCUGACACCACCACCGAUGAUGAAUACUAUAUUGGCAGUGGUGGUGAAGAUGAUCUAGAAACAGAACUUUAGAUUGUUAUUCAGUUGCAGAUGUGCUUACAAUUUAUACUGCCUUUAUACUGCAUUUGUCAAACAAUAUCCAAAUUCUGAAUACCACUUGGAACCCAGUUCUUGCAUUAACAGAAGGAAUUAUAAUUAUAUGUGAUGCUUUUCAUGUUAUGAAUUGUCCUUCUUGAAUCUUUUAGUGUGGAUAACUACGUUUGCUUUAACUAUGAAUGUAUUUCACAAUACAGUGCAAUAUACAGUACAAUACAGUGUAUAUAUACUGUCUAUAUUUUUUUAUAUAUUUCUGGAUCUUGAAACUUUGAAAUGGAUACUUCUAGCAUAAUUACUUUUGUUCAGAGCUGCCUGUAGGUUAUAGGUGUUUUUCUCUGCUAAGCUAUUUGAAUGCACAGCAUGACAGUCACAAUACAGUCAUUUUCCUGACAGCUAUUCUAUAGUCAGUAGCUGUCAACUCAGAAACUCCAACUAUGUUUAAAUGUGUUUGAAUGUUUUUCAACCCAUUAUAAACUAUGGUAUUUUUGCCACAACAAAACUGGAGCUUAAUCAUGAGUCUGUGAUCCAUUUGAUAUCAUUGUUAAAAGAGAAACUUGUAGAAGUGGCGCACAGAUUAAUGACACAAUCAUAACAAUGUGUUAAGACCUUCAGACAAAGUAUGCAAAAGAUGAACGUAGCAAUUUCUGGAACUCACAUUGAUUUUUAUUUGCUGUGCAGUUCAACUGUACUGUUUGUCAUGCUUAUUUGUUUUCAAGUGUAAUAUUAAUUAAUCAUUUAUUGUAAUUUAUUAUGCUAGGAAGGGGGCUGACACCUUAGGGACCUCCAUAAGCAUGAGUCAAUUACAGCAAUACUAACUAAAUGCUGUAAAACGAUUGGUCCUUUCCACAUGAUUUAUUGAAUGUCUUCAUUAAUAACAUUUUUUUUGUGAUAUUUAUGAAAAUGUAAUAUAUUGAAUGCACUUAUUUCUAUUAAGAUAAAAAGGCAAUAUUGAAUCAUUUUGAUCACUUAUCAAAUGUAACAGUGUGUAAAAUAAAGCAUAAGUGUACACUCAGUCUUGGUAAACUUAAAUGUUCUAUAAUAAUACAGUUAUUGAACAGUUGUGUAAUUACAGUUGAUUAGAACAACCUUUCAUGUCACAACCUGCCAUCUCUUAAUAUUAAAUGUAGCUGCACAAUGAGCAGUUAUGAGUGAUACACCUGAUAUGGUGCUCUCUUGUUUCGGCAAUUUGCUGAGCAACUGCUUUGAAGGGGAACAAACAUGUUAGCAGAGGCUGUGGACUAUAUAAUGUUGUAAAAAAAACUAAAAUAUUAAUGUUUUUUUUUUUUUUUGCAGUCACUGUGAUAUUAAAAAGUAAUAUUAAGUUAAGGGUACCUUAAUUUAUAUACAAUGAGCAACAGAUAAUAAGUUUGUUUUGAUUGUAGGCCAUAUGAGACAUUCUGCCAUAAACAUACAUUAUCUUUCCCUCAAAUAAAAACAUAAAUACAGUGAA